UCGAACUGGCGGGCUGAAGCCGCAUGGUGUCCACCACCGCGUCGCUGGCGCUCUCCUGCCUGGCCUUUGUCGUCGCUCCGGCGGUGAUUCUCUUUGCACUCUCCUUCGCAACACUGCACACCGUCGAGUACGGACUCGAUUUCAACGCCAUCACGAUGACGCUCGACAGCAAGACGUGGGACCAGGCGGGCCUCAAGUUCCUCGGCUUUGGGCACACCUUCAUAAAGUUCCCACGCGUCAUCCAGACCAUCGAGUUCACGCCCAGUCGCCGCGGGCUCCUGCACACGCGGACAGCAGACGGACUCCCGCUCACGCUCGGCCUCAGUUUCCAGUUUCGGUAUCUGCCCGCGCGCCUUUACCAGCUGUACCUAGACUACCAGGGGGAGGAGGAGCUCGUGUACGUCAACAACGCACGCGCCGUCAUCUCCAACACCGCCUGCAACUUCUCGGCGUACACAUUUUUCAACGACAAGCAGGGCAUCGCGGCGGCCAUGCAGAAAGAGCUCAACCGCAAGUUUGGGGACUCUCUCGGCGCCUACGUCGAGGCGCUGCAGAUCUCGAACGUGGAGCUUCCCGACGUCUUUCAAGAGGCCAUCGUCACAUCCAUCUCGACGAAGCAGAACAUCACGCGCAGCCAGCGCUACCUGGAAAAUAUGCAGGUCACUUUCGCGCAGCGGGUGAUGGUUGCCGAGCAGGAGCUGACGCAAACCGUCGCGAUCGCCAACGGGACGGCAAAGUCGCGGCUCGAGGCGGCCGCAGCUUCCGCGACUAUCACGGCGCAGACGGUGAGCGCCGAGAUGGUUGCUUUCCUCAACCUCUCGCAGGCGCUUGGCAUGACCCCGAGCCAGACCCUCGACUACCUGUGGUGGGACGAGCUUGAGGCUGGCAAGGACACGGCGAAGGACUUCCUCGUCGGCAUCAACCCAGCGGCUUUCGUCAACCAGAAGUGAGCAGCGUCAGACUGUUCGAGCCGCCGAACGUACCGUCUCAACGUGGUGUGAAAAAAAAGUAUAAAA